AUGACAAAUCUGCAGGGGGUGAGAAAAUACGGCGACGGCUGGCGACCCAUGGACUCCAUCGACCUGCGCGCCUACCUAGGGCUGCUAAUCCUAGCGGGCGUCUACAGGUCCCGGGGCGAGGCCGCGGCCAGCCUGUGGGACGCGGAGAGCGGCAGGACCGUGUUCCGAGCCACCAUGCCGCUCAAGGUCUUUCACAAGUACUCGAGGCUGCUGCGAUUCGACGACCGCCGGUCGAGACCCGCGAGACUCGCCACCGACAGACUGGCGGCCAUAAGAGAGGUCUGGGACCUGUGGGAGGAGCGGCUGCCGGCCCUCUACAACCCGGGGUGCGAGUUGACAGUGGACGAACAACUGGUCCCGUUCAGAGGGCGCUGUCCUUUCCGACAGUACAUCCCCAGCAAGCCGGCCAAAUACGGCAUCAAGUCGUGGGUGGCCUGCGACGCCAAGUCCAGCUACGCUUGGAAGAUGCAAGUCUACACCGGUAAGGUGGCCGGCGGAGCCCCCGAGAAGAACCAGGGCGCGCGUGUCGUCCUCGAUCUCACGCAGGGGCUGCCGGGUGGUCACAACGUCACCUGCGACAAUUUCUUCACCUCCUACGAACUCGGCCAGCGGCUCCUCGAGAGGAACCUCACCAUGGUUGGCACGGUGCGAAAGAACAAGCCCGACUCCCUCCCGUUCGCCUUCACGCCCACCGCCACUCUGGUGUCCUACCUGGCAAAGAGAAAUAAGAACGUGCUACUCCUGAGCACGCUGCACACGGAGGCCGACAGUAGCGAUCGCCGCGACCGGAAGCCGGCCCUCAUCCUAGACUACAACUGCAACAAGGACAACCUAUACAAGGUGGUCGGCACCUACAGCUGCAGACGGAUGACUGCCCGCUGGCCCCUGGUCAUCUUCCACAACAUCCUCGACGUGUCCUCCUACAACGCCUUUGUCAUAUGGCGAGAGAUCAAGCCCGACUGGAUGCCUCGGAAGCGGAACAAGAGGAGGGUGUUCCUGGAGCAGUUGGGAAAGGCGCUUGUCAAGCCCUUGAUACAAAGAAGGCAGCGUCUCCCCCGCACCGAAGCCGCGUCCGCGCUUGUCAAAGUCCUGCAGAGUGCGGACCACGACGUGGCUCCUCCGCGAGCCCGGGAGCACACCGCUGGCCCGGACGCCGCUGGCCCGGCCGCUGCCCCGCUAGUGGCGAGUAAGAGGAAGAGGUGUCAGCUCUGCCCACCCAAGAAGGACGCCAAGACACACACGGCGUGCUGCAGGUGUAAGAAAUACAUCUGCAAAGGCUGUUCGCACGCCUACUGUCACACUUGUGCCCUCUGGGCCUUUAGCCGAGACGGGACAGGGUGA